AUGACCUACAGGAUACGCGGGCUGUCAGGCUUCUCAACGCGAGCAAGUAAACGACGCAGUAUCCUCCGCAACAAACGCAAAGCUCGAACGCAUACAAAUAGUUCAUCGACCGGUUCUUCAGCAGACGCCACAGCAAGCAGUUUGGGAAACGCAGAAUCUACCCUCACGACGCUGUUCGCAGCGACCUCACUCACCCGAACGUACUCAAAAAACGGCUCCGAUAUUGUCAAGAAGAAGCAGAGGACACAAACGGACGGAAACUCUCGCGAGCACGCGAUGGCUACCUCUGCCGCCAGCCUACUCACCCCCAAUGCAAUCUCUACCAACAACGGUAGAGAGACUGGGACUGCGGAAAAGUUGUCUGAAAUGCAUCCAUCGGUCCAGACAGAGUACGCUGCCAUGCGCAAACAGUGCCCUGACCUGCCAGAAGACCCUGGUCUACGUGCUGGAAUCCUGCUCCUGGUGACCGACUCUGGCGGCGAGGUGAAGAUUGGGAAAUGUGAUGGAGAGCCUGGAUGUGAGACACCCGUAAAGUUAGGCAGUCUGAAGAGAAGGAAGAAGUGUGAUUAG